UGUGCUCGCCAAGUGGUGCCAACAGGAAAAGUAGUAGCCAAAUUCUGUGCAAAAUACCUGCACGCUCAAAUUCUCAAGUAUGAGCCUCAGUUGGGUGGUGAUUUAUCUGCUUCAGUACAAAAAGCAUUUUUAAGAAUGGAUGAGAUGAUGAAAGGACAGAGAGGAUGGAGGGAAUUAGCUGUACUGGGGGACAAAAUGGACAAGUUCACAGGUUUAAUUGAAGGAUUGAUAUGGUCCCCAAGGGGUGGUUAUUCCAGUGAACAUUUAGAUGAAUGGGCAUAUGAGGAGGGACCACAUUCUGAUUUCUCUGGACCGACAUCUGGAAGCACAGCUUGUGUGGCAGUCAUUAGAAACAACCAACUCAUUGUUGCAAAUGCUGGUGAUUCUCGUUGUGUACUCUCGAGGAAGGGUCGGGCAAUUAGUUUGUCAACAGACCACAAACCAUAUCUUGUUGAGGAGAAGGAAAGGAUCGUAAAAGCAGGUGGUUUUAUUCAAGCAGGACGAAUAAAUGGAAGCUUAAACCUCACUAGAGCAAUUGGCGACAUGGAAUUCAAGCAAAAUAAGUUUUUACCUGCUGAGAAGCAAGUUGUGACAUGCAAUCCAGACAUAAACAUUGUGGAGCUAUGCGAUGAUGAUGAAUUUCUCAUUUUAGCAUGUGAUGGAGUCUGGGAUUGCAUGAUAAACCAGCAACUGGUGGAUUUCAUCACUGAGCAUAUAAAAACGGAGAGCUGCCUGUCUGCAGUAUGUGAAAGAGUGUUGGACCGGUGUCUGGCACCAUCCACCAUUAGUGGAGAGGGAUUGGACAACAUGACGAUGAUACUGGUGCAAUUUAAUAAGCCGAUCAGACCUGAUGCUCCUCAUACAUAAAAAUGAUGAUAUGCUGGGUGAGACUGAAGUUCCAAGUGAUCCUUCUAUCCUGCUGUAGAUUUGAAGUGUGUUGUACAUAGCAAUAUAUCCUCUUGAAGGUUGUAGCGUAUACAUUUGGACAAAUCAUCAUAUGGCAGUGAAUUAGUUGCGGGUGAUCCCAAAGUUCCCAUCUUUAACCCGAUAGUUAGUAUCGAAUGUAUAAAGCACUAUUCAUUUGGUUUACGGAGUGCUGAAGAACUAAAUGGUUGACUUUACUCUUCUCAUAUGACAUGAUGACCUAUGGAUAAAAUCGCAUGAUGUGUAUUUUCUUAAA